AUUUCCAACUGGUCUGAUGCACUUUCAGCGAAGACUCGGGAAACAUUUUGAUCUCGACUGACGGAUAAAAAGUUGUUGAAUGAAAUAAGUCCAUUAAUGUUCUUUUUCAGUUUUUCAAGGUCAACUUUUGACAAUGCUUGUCCACGGAAAACUUCAAAGAUCUUCCCUUCAGAGGGGCUGAAUUGCUGCUUGUAAAGAAUUUCAAUUUGUCGAUGUAAAUCACACAUAAAAAAUCCCAUUUUCAUCAUAGUAAUGGAGUCCAAUGUUCGGAGCGAUCGAUUUAGUAUUUCAUAAAUGAAGCUCUCACGUGUGUACCACCAAAUGGAAGAUUCAGGAGAAUAAUCUCGUUCGAAUUCAUCGAUAUCUUUUAAUUUGGAAACAUUGUUCAGAUAUUUGUCUCGUAGGAAUUGAACGAAAUCCAUUUUAGCCCGUACACUAAAGUCAAGUUCUAGAAAAAUCUCUUUGAAUAACUGAGUGUACAUAAAUGUAGGAUCUAUUUGAUUCAGAUUAUGAAUUGAAUCGUCGUGAACCGGAUUAAUAAAGCUUAAUGAAAUAUUAUCCUGAAUCCAUGAUUUAACAUCUGUUUUGAGGUCUUUGCAGAUUGGCAGGAUAUUUUCAUAAACACCCUUGACUUUUUGCCAAGACUCACUCCAAUUAUUACGUAAAGAAAUAUCAUUAUCAGCAUAUAUAUAGAUUUUCUCCAGUUGAGCGAGAUCGUGAAUCAAAGGUAUGACGUGUUGUGCCAGGAUCUCCGAUAUAAUAAGAAAUAUCCUGAGGUCUUUGAUAUUAGUCAGAAAAUUGACGCAUUCAUCCACCUCUGAGAAUAUGUAAAUAUCAUUAGCAACAUUCCCGAGUUCUUCGAGAGAAUAAUCCUUUUCCGAAGCCAAUUUGCCAUCUAGCCACACGACAUUAUAAUUCUGAAUCGUUCGCCGCAGGUUGGCUACACCGGUUUUUACUUGUUUUACGUUUUUGAUCAUUAAAAUUAUUGCUUGUUCGUUGAGUAAUCGCGAUCACUGCAAAAUUUAUUUCAUCUUAUCUUGCCACGUGUUUUAUGCUAUUAAAGCAUACUGUUUAAGGGCAUCGUUCUGGAGCACUCGACGCCGAAAGUGAAUGCAAUGUAUGAGUAAUCAAAAUAAAACAGAAAGAGUAGACAAAAAAUACGUACUACCAUACGAUUCAUGUCCUGUGAACUGUACAUUUUAAACUCAGUAAUGAGGAAUAAGGUAAUUGGAGAGCUGUAAAAUAGCUUUUUCUUGGAGAACUUCCAUAUUUCUAGUGUACUAAAAAAGUACACUUAAGUUUCGGAUAAAAUCCGAAGUUUUCACAUUUAUUUGAUGAAGAUUCGAAAGAACUCAACCAAGUUUGUCUGUUUGACUCAGAAAGUUUAGAUAUGAGCCACCCUGGUUAGAUAACGAUUUUUCCGCGAAUAGUGUGGUGACAAAGCAAGAUGCUGUGCAAAGACCUUCCGAAUCAUAAUUCCUUCAGAUUGAUGAAUGUAUCCAGGAAUUCGUCAACCACAAACCAGUUUAAGAUACAACAACUGCCGCAUUUUAAUCGGCAAUCAACUCGUAUUCUUUUCAUAAGAAGGAUAAUUCAAUCCGUUCAACCAUCUCUAUUAUAGAAUCGAUCUAUACCAUAUCAGAAUUCCUCGAAUUCAUAUUACAUGGCAUGUUUGUUUUUCUUCUGUAUAUGAGAGCACAGGUAUCUGGAAAAAACCCAUCGACUUAUCUUCAUUGCAUGAUAGCGGUAUCUACGGUGUGCUAGGAGAAAUCCAGUGCGAUAUUUUCAUCUUUGUUUGCUUCUAAAACUAUUAGAAAUGGGCUACUAUGGUGGUAAUUGCAAUCGUUACGGAUUCGUCGUAUUGACAUAUCUGAUGCUAGUUGCCGAAUAUUCAACUUUUGUUUCCACAAUGGGAUGAGUUCGCACGUCACGAUCCUUCGAAAGCGUUAUACACUCUCUUAUUUUCUUCAAUUUUCCAUCUCUUUUGUUAGGUUAUUACAAUCGAAAGUAUAUUUUUGGUACCAAAGAGAUCAAGUAUACUUCGGUUACUUGGACAUCAUUUUAAUUUGUGCUUAGGAAAAAAGAAUACAUAACUCGAGGAGGUGGAUCAUUUGAAAAGAAUACUAUGGGUAAGACUGUCAAGACGCUUAUAGUUUUUGAGUAAUUUGUUUUAUUUUCACUUUUAGCCUUAACAUUUCUAGUUUUGGCGACUUACAUUGGUCUGUUCAUUACAUUCCAAGUGAUGUUUUUUGUUUAUUGGAGUAGGACGGACGGUAGUUAUAAUUGUGACAGAGGGUUUAGAGGUGGUGGAUUGGUCUUGAGGGUGGGUGUGGGCGUGAAUAUGACUGUCAUUGCUACAUCAAUACCUACACCUACCCCCACAGCCACACCCACACCCACACCCACACCCACACCCACACCCACACCCACACCCACACCCACACCCACACCCACACCCACACCCACAACCACACCCACACCCACACCCACACCCACACCCACACCCACAACCACACCCACAACCACACCCACACCCACGCCCACACCCACACCCACACCCACACUGUCACCGGUUCCAAUUAUCCGAAUGUGCCAUCGUUUAAUCUUAAUCUUCCAUCAUUUGAAAAUUUAAAAAGAAUUUGUCCUAAGUUACAAAAAAUUAGUUUUAACAAAUUUGAAAAUAUUGUUCGAAAGUGUUUAAAAUUUGUCGAAGUUUUAUUUGUUUCAAUUGAAGAUGAUGAAGAAUAUUUAUAUGCAGAACGAUGGGAAAAAUUAAUUUCUUCUCAUAUGCAGAAUUUACGUAUCUUUGAUAUCUAUCAUAAUGAUGUUCAACUACGAAAUCAAUUAGAUUAUGAUGAAUUAAUUCAUCCAUUUACUUCAUCGUUUUGUAUUGAGAAACAUUGGUUCUUUACACAUCAACAUGAUGGUUUUCAAUCUUUUAAUAUUAAAGAUUUUCAUUCAACUCAUCCAUAUAGGUAUACAAAUAUUAACUGGAUGUCUUUUCUUGUUAUUGGUUCUACUCUUUUUUUAUAG